GAACGCGUGUUAGGGUAUGAAUCGAUGGGAAGGAAGAAGAAUUCGCUCUUGUGGGCGCUCCAGCUCCUUGCAUUUCUGGCGCUCGUCUCCGGCGAUCAGGACGACCAGCGCUUGUCGAUCAUCGAUUCAGGUUCUAGGGUUCUAGACGGGGGAGAUGCCGCCAAGAUCGAGUGCCCGGUGAGCUGCCUGCGCGCGGAUCCAGUGUGUGGGGCGAACGGCGUGACGUAUUGGUGUGGCUCUCGCGAUGCCGCUUGCGACGGCGUGGAGAUCUCGCACACCGGCUACUGUAGCCCUGGAAAUGGAGGAGGUUUGGGAAAGGGCGCCAUGGCCGGGCAGGCUUUGCUUCUCGUCCAUCUUGUGUGGCUGAUGCUCGCUGGAGUGCUGGUUCUCUUUGGGAUUCCUUGAUCUGGACGACUGGAUCUACCGGUUGAUUGUUUUGUGUAGAAUUUUUUUGUAGGAAUUUUUAGAGACAAUUCAUUCAUUCAUUCAUUUCGUUUGGCUGUAUAUUGGACUAAAUUUGCUGCCUUCAUUUAUACAUUGUUUAAUUCA